AUGUUUGGUGGAGGAAGAGGACCCAUGGGCGGCGGCGGAGGGAUGCUACGCGCCGCCGGACGUGCGAUGACGAGGACCGGCGUAGCCAACGGCGGAAUCCAAGAUCCCUUUGGUUCAUCACAGUCGUCGGCGUCGUCUCCGGCUGGAAACGCAUCCGUCUCGCACGGAGGUGCGAAGAAACAGAGAUCCUCUUCUUCUGGGUCGAACAAUCUCACGAUUUCGGCGGCAUCAGGAUCGCCGUUGAAUCUUCCGGUGGCUGCAAACUACGGAUGGACCGGUGGAGCUUUCUCGUUUGUGAAUUCCGGCGGUUAUGAAGACUUUGAGUGGGUGUCGGAAGAAGGAACCGAAGAAGAUGACUCUGUUUUUGGCUCUAUUCCUUCUGUUGAUGAAGUCCAAGAUGCUGUUUCUGCUCUCCAGCAGGUUUUCGAUGGUAGUUCGUAUUCUCAGCUGGUUAGAGACAAAUACGAGUGCAACUCGGAAAAUGGCGGUGGAAACCAGAACCCCAUAGCCACAGGGAUGGUUCAUCAAGUUCCUUCAUUCGGGUCGGAUUUGGACUGGAUGGAGCCUUCAAUGCAACUAUGCCAUUCAAGAACCUUACAGCCUCAUGCUUAUGAUCAGGUUUACAGUGCUUUUAACCUACUUCGAACCGAACCGUCCGUCCAGAGGAUGGUGAUAUCAUUGUCAUCUGACAAAGCAGUGUGGGAGGCUGUGAUGAACAACGAGGUGGUGCGAGAGAUCAAGGAGUUGUACAACAAUGGGACAAGUCAAGAUGGGGAGAGUUCAGAUGAAACUCCCAAGGAGAAUAACGCAGCAAUGGAUUUCAUAAAAUGGGUAUUUGACAACACAAUGGUCAAGGCCACUGAAGUGUUUGAGAAGAUAACAAAACUCGUGGCGGAGCUACUCAACAGCUGCAACGACGAUGGUGGUGUUAGCAAGAAGGGGAAAGAUGCAAAGUUCAACAACUGGCUCGAGGAAAAGCUCAAGACUUCGGUCCUACUCUCCAUCGUUGUCAUGCUUGUCGUGAUGGUGUCUCGUGCCUGCAACAAGCCUUGA